AUGGCUUCCGAGCAAGCUUCGCGGUCCCGUCGUGGCAAAGGCGAACAUAAGAGUAUGCGCCAUAAAAUCAAAGGUUUCUUCAAAGGUUUCUUUUGGCACAAGAAGAACGCGACGAUUCCACAAGCAGGGUCCCAAGUGGCACAACCUAAAGAAGACUCUAAGACCACGAAUGACUCGGAAUUAUUGCAACCCUCAAAGCACGAAAUGUCGCUAGAGAACUCGCUUAAGCGCCAGAAGUCACCACUCGCCACAGGCCAAGAACCACAUCCACCGCUGACCCAGCACGGUCAUGAUAAGGAUUUGGUCGCUAUUGAAGAUGCAAGGAACUCGAAAGAUUCUGCUAUUGGAGAUGCAAAGAACCCGGAAGAUUCUGCUGAUGGAGAUGCAAAGAACCCGGAAGAUUCUGCUGAUGGAGAUGCAAAGAACUCGAAAGAUCUGUGGCUACAGGCAUAUGAGGCAUUGAAACGUCGAGACAAGGAUUUGGUGGCAGCUUAUGAGGAUCAGUUGGCCGACUUGGCCUCUACCAUUACCAAUUCCGCAGAUCCUUCUCUAAGCCCUGAACUUAUCGAGACCAUUAUCAACUCAGAGUUGCAACACCGGAAAGCUGCUCAGUGGGUCGUCAUGGUUGGCAAGAAACCAGUCAGAGUGCGGGAACAGGGUGAAAAAGUCAUCACAUUCAUCAUCUGGUCCAACGAUAUCGUUUCUCAAGCUCUUAGCGCCCAGCCAGUUAUAGAAGAGCAGUAUCUACGGGAUGCCAAUAAGAUUGCUGAUCCAGGCUUCGUCCAGGCUGUCGUAGAGCUCUAUUCCAAUAUCUUCGAGUAUCAAUUUCGGCUGAUUUGCCAUCUAUCUCGGAGUUCAGCCAAGCGAGCCUUUCGGAGCACACUGGAGCUGGACAAGUGGGGAGACAUGCUGAAAAAGGUCCAAACCUCCAACGACAGUUGUGAGAAGUAUUGUCCACUCUCCGACAGACAGAGAGAAAAAACAUUCUACAACAAUGCAUCGGAUCACAUGUUGCGAUCACUUGAUAUCCAGAAACGCAUCUUGGACAUGUUUGAAGCAUCUCAAGCAAGCAGACAGCAAGAUCGUCGAGAGGACAAAGAGAGCAGACAGCAAGAUCGCCGAGAUGACAUAAAAAGCAGACAGCAAGAUCGUCGAGAGGACAAAGAGGACAAACUACUUGAGUCUCUGGCAUCCGAUUAUAAAAGUGAUAAGGACUCGGUUUCAGUAAGAGUUCCAGGUACCUGCGAGUGGUUCUUUGAGGAUAAAAGGUUCCUGGAGUGGCGGGACAAUGAGCACUCAAGACUUCUCUGGGUCUCUGCGGGCCCCGGAUGCGGGAAGUCUGUGCUGUCGCGAUCCUUGAUCGACGAUAGGAGAGUCUGUACUAGUGCUAUGACUUCGACCGUCUGCUACUUUUUCUUCAAGGAUGGCCAAGAACAACGUAUGCGUGGCGCUAAUGCGCUGAGUGCUAUGCUUCACCAGCUCUUUGAGAACACCGCUCUCAUUAGCCAUGCGCUUCCGAAGGCUAGGACCUAUGGUACGAAGCUACGAGAUGCAUUCGGCGAGUUGUGGGAGAUUCUAACCAAAUGCGCUCAAGAUUCAGAAGCAGGCGAAAUCAUUUGCAUCAUCGAUGCUCUGGAUGAGUGCGAAAAGAAUUCAAGGUGUCAACUACAGGACGAGCUAGUGAGAUUUUCCUCACAAGUAGACAAGAGUUCUUCACACAAACUCAAGUUCCUUGUGACCAGUCGUCCUUACGAUGACUUGGAGGAUGGUUUUCGACCACUCUCAGAUGUCAGCACCUAUCUCCAUUUUGAUGAGGACGAUAAAUCACAGAGAAUCGGCCAGGAUAUCGAUCUGGUAAUUGAUCACGAAAUGCCACGUAUUGCGAAAGGCUUCAGUGCUGAGCAUUGCAAUAGCAUCACUAAAAGGUUAAAGAAGAUGAACAAUCGCACCUAUCUUUGGCUUUUUCUGACGAUCGAUAUCAUCACGAGAUCUCCGAGUGCAUACGGCAAGGAAUCGGAUAUAGGUUCACUAUUAUCCGAUCUGCCGUCAGAAGUCUCUAGUGCAUACGAAAAGAUUUUAUCUAGGAGCUCAGACCCAGAGCGAGCUCGAAUUCUGCUUCAGCUUAUUAUGGCAGCCACAAGGCCGCUUAGCCUCCAGGAAGUCAAUGUUGCCUUGACAUUAGCAACUCAGAAAGAAAAUUGCACAUCGUACAAACAACUUGACUUAUGGCCCCCAGAGAAUUUCAAAUCCACUAUUCAGAAUAUAUGCGGUCUCUUCGUUAGCGUUCACGAUGGAAAGGUAUCCUUGAUUCAUCAGACUGCAAGAGAGUUCCUCCUUAUUCGAAACACCGAAUUGCCUUCAAACAAGUGGCAAGGAUACUUAGAUAUGACAACGGCCCAUUGCACAAUGUUCCAGAUCUGCCUCGACUACCUUAACUUACAUGAAUUCACUAUACCUGUGGACCAGCUGGAUCCAGACAAUCCUCUCCAACAAAGGGAUGAACUCUUCCAAUAUGCGGCUCUCAACUGGGCUAUUCAUUAUGUUUCACAGGAUAGCGAACGAGUCAAAGAUUCAUGUGGCGCUGCAAAACUAUGCGAUAUAUCACUACCGCAAAGAAGUGACUGGUUCGACACAUACUGUGAUGAGGCUUACCUAUAUCCUGCGGAUUGGAAUAGCCUGGGAAUAGCGUCUCUGCUUGGACUGAGAGACGUCGCUGAAACUUUCUUAAAUAAAGGGGCUGAUAUCGGGGCUCAGGGUGAAGGCUUUGCCAACGCUCUCUGCGCAGCGUCAGAAGGAGGUCAUGAGAAAGUGGUGCAGAUGCUGCUGGACAAAGGGGCUGAUAUCAAUAUCAACACUCAAGGUGGACUUUAUGAUAACGCUCUAUGUGCAGCGUUACAAGAAGGUUAUGAGAAAAUAGUGCAGAUGCUGCUGGAUAAAGAGGCUGAUUUUGACGCUCAGAAUGGAUAUUAUGGUAACGCUCUCUGCGUAGCGUCACGAGGAGGUUAUGAGAAAGUGGUGCAGAUACUGCUUAAGAAAGAGGUUGAUAUUAAUAUUCAGGGUGAACAUUAUGGCGAUGCUCUCUACGCAGCGUCACAAGAAGGUCAUGAGAAAGUGGUGGAGAUGCUGCUGGAUAAAGAGGCUGAUGGCUUUGGCAAGGCUCUCUGCGCAGCGUCACGAGGAGGUUAUGAGAAAGUAGUGCAGAUGUUCCUGAACAAAGAGGCUGAUGUCAGCGCUCAGGGUGAAAGCUUUGGCAACGCUCUCUACGCAGCGUCAGAAGGAGGUCAUAAGAAAGUGGUGCAGCUGCUGCUCGGUAAAGGGGCUGAUAUCAACGCUCAAGGUGGAGACUAUGGCACCGCUCUGCAGGCAGCGUCAUUAGGAGGUUAUGAUCAAAUAGUACAGAUGCUGCUCGAUAAAGGGGCUGAUGUCAAGGCUCAAGGUGGAGAGGCUCUGCAGGCAGCGUCAGAAGGAGGUCAUGAGAAAGUGGUGACGAUGCUGCUCGACAACGGAGCUGAUGUCAACGCUCAAGGUGGAGACUAUGGCUUUGGUAACGCUCUCUACGCAGCGUCAGAAGGAGGUCAUAAGAAAGUGGUGCUGAUGUUGCUCGAUAAAGGGGUUGAUGUCAAGGCGCAAGGUGAAGAGGCUCUGCAGGCAGCGUCAUCAGGAGGUUAUGACAAAGUGGUGCAGAUGUUGCUCGACAGAGGGGUUGAUGUCAACGCUCAAGGUGGAUACUAUGGCAACGCACUGCAGGCGGCGUCAGAAGGAGGUCAUGAGAAAGUGGUGACGAUGCUGCUCGACAACGGAGCUGAUGUCAACGCUCAAGGUGGAGUGUAUGGCAACGCUCUGCAGGCAGCGUCAUCAGGAGGUUAUGACAAAGUGGUGCAGAUAUUGCUCGAUAAAGGGGCUGAUGUCAAGGCGCAAGGUGGGAAAUAUGUUAGGUGGUAA